AGAAUACCUAAAGGUUCACAUUUUUAUAAAUUCUAGUAGAUUGAGUACGCAUUUCGUGACAGUGUAAAUUUUUUAUUAAUUACAUAUAUGGCAUUAUUUGAUGUUUUCAAUCCAUUUCAAGGUAUUACACCAAGAUUUACUGAGGAGAAAAUUAAUGAAAUAAUUGCAUGGUUUGAUGUCCAUUCUAAACCUUUGCUGGUGAUUAAUGAUGGUGAUCCUUUACAUGUAAUAACUAUUGAGAAAUUAAUAGAUUUUUUAAAAUUAAAAAAAUUUCAUAGACGAAUGUUCCAUUACCCAAGCUAUGCUGAAAUAAUGAAUGAAGCAGAGAAACUAAAGGCUGGCGUAACAAGAAUGUUAACAAAAGAACAAUUCAUAUACAUAUUAGAUAAAUGGAUCGUAAAAGCCAACUUAAAACAUGAAUUACUGCUUGCUUUUAAAAUAUUCGACACAGAGAAACGAAAGUUUCUCGAAAUUGAUGAACUUAGUUUUAUUGUUACCAAUUAUGGUGAUAUGUUCAAUAAAGCUGAAACUUUAGAGUUACUUCGUGAUGCGAAUGUUCAAGGUGAUGGAAAUAUUUUUUACGAAAAUUUCGUAGAAAGUCUGUUUAACGUGGCUCCCGAACUCAAUGAUAUAACGGUGGACUUCUUAUACGAGAAUCCUGAUGAAGACCCAUCGGUGCCACCUGACCCGGUCAUAGAAAUAGAAACUUCACCUAAAGAAAAGCAAUUUACACAACCUUUGGCUCCCGUCGGCUCCAUCAAUAUCAACAUCAUCGAAUAAGAAAGAUAUACAAAAUAAUAAACAGAAGUAGUUUUGAUUAGUGAUAUUACGAUAAUAGUAAUAAUUAAAAAAAUAUAUAUUC